AUGCUUUCAAGAGGGAGCAGACCCCGCGGGACCGAACUGAAAGUUUGUUUGCAUUGUUGGUGUGUAGCCCCGUUCGGUCAGAAUUUUUCGUGCUGUGAUCUGCAGGACCCUGCUGUGGCGGAGCUCUUCAGGGUCAUUGCGACCUUCAGGGCCAAGUGGGCUUCUCAUGCCGAGUGCUGGGGCGAGAAAGACACGCCCAAGCUGGCAGACGAUAACCUUGAUUCACCAGCAGCAGAUCUUAGGAAGGAGAAGCAGCUCAGCACCAAGCCCAUUGAGACGGAAUGCUACACGGGUGUCCCCGCAUCCUCAAGCGACAAGAAGCCAAAGCUGAGACAGAGCAGUAGGUCUUCGUUGGCUGCUACAGAGGCUGGAGAGCCAGCUUCCGUGACAACAUCUGCGGCAGAGGUGGUGGAGCCUGAUACCCCGACCCCAGUUCCACCCAGUGCUGCAGAGCCCGAGGUUCCGGUUCCAGUUCCACUGCCUUCAGAGGCAGAUGCGGAGCCCGUCGCUCCGGUUCCAGCUCAGGAUGUGGCUUCCGAGAUGGACUUGCUUGCCGAUUUGUCUGCCGAUCAACAAGCAGAGUAUCGAAAUCUGCAAAAGCAGAUCGCCGAGCUCGAGUCUGAAGCCGCAAGGCGGCGACCUGUGGAUGUUCCCGCAGGUGGAGAGGAGCCGUGCCCGGAAUCGUCCGGGACCCCAACCCCGUUGCCCAAGCCAUCGUCGAUAGACCAGGCUGACACUCAGCUCUUGGAAGAGGGUGCUCUUGAUGCCAUCGCUGCUGCUAGCAAAGUGACCCCGAGCCCCAAGGAGCACAAGUUUGCCGAGAUUACCCCGGAGCAGACUAAGGCUGCCCCACCCAGGAUCAAACGUUCCACGGGGAAGGCGAAGCGCACCAAGAAGGCCUUGGACUUCGAGGAGAGCAUUCCUGCCGAGAGUGUUGAGCCCGAGCCAUGCACGGAGGUUGGUGGCAGUGCUGAGCCUGGCGAGCCUGGUGAGGCUUGUGAGCCAGAUGAGCCCGAGGUGACCCCGGCGAUGCAGCAUGGGUUCCGUGACCACAUGAAGGAGAAGGUGAAGCGUGCCAAGGGCAAGAGAUCCGGGGGCAAGGGUUUGUCUGGUGGCAAGAAGAAGUAUCGGCGAGGCAAGAGCUUCAAAAAAUUGCGAGCUAUGGCGAGCACCCGGAAGCGCGCCAACGAAAGGGACGAUGAUGCCCCGGCAGAGGCAGUCGAUGCUGCUGCCAAGACGAUCAACUCGAGGCGGAAGAAGCGCCACAUGGAUGAAGAGGUGGACGAGGCCGCUGUUGGGCCGGAGGCAAAGGCAAAGGGGGACGCUGGCAAGAAGAGCGAGAAGCCAGUGGCCAAGGCGAAGGCCAAGGCCAACGCCAAGGCCAAGGCGAAGGCAAAGGCCAAAGCCUCGCCAAAGGCCAGGGCUAAGGCUGCUGCUGCGCCGAAGGCAAAAGCGAAGGCGAAAGCCAAAGGCAAGGCGAAGGCGAAAGCCAUGGCGAUCCCGAAGCAGGAUGAUGGAGAUGCCCCCAAGCAGGACCGCAUCUACAACGGCAGGCAGUGGCGCUAUGUCGUGGCAGAGAACCAAGUCCUCGGGUGCAUCUCGUGCAGGUUUCUCUUCCGGGGAUGCAAAGCCUGCCGAUCCGAGUCCUUCCGUGGAAGGACUGCCAAGGAGGAGCGAGUGUCCCAGCAGGCAUACUUGAACAGCCUUUGA